UCUUCACCCUGUGAUUACUUUGUUGCGGCUCGUUUUUUGGUUCGUUUUGUUUUCUUGCUUCCCCCCGAUAAGCCUGGAGAUAUGAGCUGUACCACUCCCGACCAGAGGCUGGAGCAUCUCCUGAGCGCGGUGAAGAGCGAGUUCCAUCAGGGCAGUGAGAAGGGAGACACCUCCGAGAGGGACAUCACACUCAGCCUGGAGGAUGCUGAGCUCUGGAGCAAGUUUAAAGAGCUGACCAAUGAGAUGAUUGUCACCAAGACUGGCAGACGCAUGUUCCCCGUCCUAAAGGCCAGUGUGAGCGGUCUGGACCCCAACGCCAUGUACUCGGUGCUUUUGGACUUCGUGGCUGCAGAUAACAACCGCUGGAAGUAUGUCAACGGAGAGUGGGUCCCAGGAGGGAAACCGGAGCCCCAGAGCCCCAGCUGCGUGUACAUCCACCCCGACUCGCCCAACUUUGGUGCCCACUGGAUGAAAGCGCCUGUGUCCUUCAGCAAAGUCAAACUGUCCAACAAACUCAACGGAGGAGGACAGAUCAUGUUGAACUCCCUGCACAAGUACGAGCCGAGGAUCCACAUCGUCAAGGUGGGCGGCAUCCAGAAAAUGAUCAGCAGCCAGUCUUUCCCAGAGACUCAGUUUAUAGCGGUUACUGCCUACCAAAACGAAGAGAUUACAGCGCUGAAGAUUAAACACAACCCUUUUGCUAAGGCCUUCUUGGAUGCUAAAGAGAGGAGUGACCAUCGGGAGGCCCAGGAUCAAAGCAGUGACCCUCAGCAGUCUGGCUACUCCCAGAUUGGAGGCUGGUUUUUGCCCAGUAACGGCCCCAUUUGCCCCAGCAACAGCCCACCACAGUUCAGCGGGUCUCCGGGUCACUCCUCUAGUUCUUACUGUGAGCGCUAUUCCAGCCUGCGGAGCCACCGAGCAUCUCCGUACCCCAGCCAUUACCCCCACCGCAGCACUAACAACAACAGUUACAUGGAUGGCUCAUCAGGAAGUAUUCCAACCCACGACAACUGGUCAACCCUGCAAAUCCCUAAUUCUAGUGGAAUGGGCACCCUCGGUCAUAGCACCAACUCCACCUCCAACACCAGCCAGUACCCUAGCCUGUGGUCUGUGGCUGGGACGGCCCUCACACCAUCUGGCUCUGCUUCAGGCUCCAUUACUGGGGGUCUAACCUCUCAGUUCCUCCGAGGCUCCUCCGUGUCUUACUCAGGUCUGACCUCCUCUCUACCCGUCUCUUCUCCGUCGUCCAUGUACGAUCCAGGACUGACUGAUGCGGGAGUAGCCGAUGCCCAGUUCGAGACCUCCAUUGCCAGACUUACAGCAUCCUGGACACCUGUAGCACAGAGCUACUGAGAACGGACUGAGGCUCAAGAGACUUGCUGGCUGUUACAGAGAUCCUCCAGAUCUGGGAUAAAGAUCCCUGAGUGGUGGUUAGAAAGGAAAAAGAAAAAGAGAAGAUCCAGACGAGAUUCCUUCAUGCAGUUUAAGAGAAUUUCUUCAUCGUGUUAGAAAGCUAGAAUAAAUGCAUGACAUAGGCGUUGCUACUGAUGCUUUAAAAAAAAUGUUUGACAGUAAUUUUUUUAGACAUUUUUUGGGACCAACGCUGGAGCUCCUGGAACUACAAGAUAAAAAAGACCAAAGAUUGUUGACUGAAUAAAUGUAAAUGUCUGUAAAUAAAUUUUAAGUUAAUUUUCAUGGUUGGUCAUAUAAAAUAUAAAUUUUAAAUAUUCAGAAACAUAUGUGUGUUUGUAAGAGACAAAUCAUAUGCAAUGGGAAGUCCUGGAACCUUGCAGACACAAGUGCCUUGUACAUACCUAUCUAUUUCUACUGGUUUGCUGUAAGC